AUGCUUUGUCGGCCAAGACCUCGUUUGAUUCAACAAGCACUAUUGCGCUCAUUUCCAUCACAGCGGUUUCGAUUUUCAGCAGCACACAGCAUGGAAACCCGAGAAGCUACGGCUGAGCCCUCAGCACCGUAUUACGACCCCAGAUAUGUCGAUAUUGGCAUCAACCUCGCAGAUCGCGUAUAUCGCGGCCGCUAUCGUGGCAACCAGAAGCACCCCGACGACUUGGAAGCUGUUGUAAACAGAGCCAAGGCUGUAGGAUGCACAAAAUUACUGGUGACUGGCUCGGACUGGCACAGCAUUAAGGAUGCGGUCGACCUCGCCAAGGAGUAUCCUGGAACAGUCUACUACACCGCAGGUAUUCAUCCCUGCAGCAGCAGCAUUUUCGGCGCUGGCAAGUCGACCGCCCACAGCGAGGAGCACACAGCCCCCUGCGACCCAGACCCCUCGGCGCCUAUCCCUGACAGCGCUGUUGAUCCCAAAAAGUCCGCCGAAAACAUUGCCCGCCUCAAGAAGAUCUUUGCCGAGGCCAAGGCGUCGGGUGCCGGACACAUGGUUGCCUUUGGCGAGUUUGGACUCGACUACGACCGGCUGCACUUUUGCAACAAGACGGUGCAGCUGCACAGCUUUGCGGAGCAGCUCAAGGUGGCCGCGGCCAUGGAGCCCCAGCUGCCGCUCUUCCUGCACUCGCGCGCCGCCGCGGCCGACUUUGCGCGCCUCAUGAAGGACGCCUUUGGCCCGCGCCUCGAGCGGCUGCGGCGCGGCGGCGUCGUGCACAGCUUCACCGGCUCGCUCGAGGAGAUGCGCGAGCUGCUCGACCUCGGCCUGUACGUGGGCAUCAACGGGUGCAGCUUCAAGACGGAGGAGAACUGCGCCGUCGUCAGGGAGCUGCCCCUCGACCGCAUCAUGCUCGAGACGGACGGACCUUGGUGCGAGGUGCGCCCCAGCCACGCCGGCUGGAAGUACCUGAUUGAAAAGAAGCCGUCGCCGCCGCCUGACGAACCGGCCAACGCGCCGGAUGCCGAUGCGAUGGUGGCCAACGGCACCGAGAAGAGGAACAAGCCCCAGAAGCAGCCCAACCACGGCAAGAAGAAGAACCAAAAGACGGAGGCGGAGGUGCCCUCGACCUUUAAGGCGACCAAGACCUGGCAGGAAGGCUGCAUGGUCAAGGGUCGCAACGAGCCCUGCACGAUUGAGCGCAUUGCCAAGAUUGUGGCGGGGAUCCAGGGCGUUUCUGUCGAGGAGGUCUGCGAGGCGGCCUGGCGGAACACGAACAAGGUAUUUGACCUCGGCGAGAGUGCAUAG